GCACCGUGGACAGCUCCAUUCUGCAUACCUAGCAUAUGGCGACGGUUAUAAAAACCCGCGUGGAGCCUCUCUUUACUGCACCUUUACAGCGCCGACACGAUUCACAGCAUGGAUAACAGACUCCGCAACGCACACAGAAUCGCAAAAGAGCUCGAUUCACAACAGAAAGCUAGACAUUUGCGACCGGAUAGCGGUGUCGCCAUCAGGGGGACGAACUGGACCAACCCGGUAAAUGCAAAUGCAAAGUUUAAUGACAAAGAAGUGAUGCAGGGCUUGAAUGAUCGGCUGGCGGGAUUCAUAGAGAAGGUGCACCAGCUGGAACACCAGAACCACGAGCUGGAGAGAGAAAUCGAAGAGAUACGAGGGAAAGCAAAGCCCGCAUCUUGUUUAGAGGAGGCGUAUGGAGAAGAACUCAAGAAGAUGAGACAGCUGGUUCAGGAAAUUGCACAUCAGAAGCAUCAGAUUGAUAUUGAGCAUCAGAAUUUAGAGGAAGAGCUUUCCACCUUGAGACGGCAAUGUGAACAGGAGGUUUGUAGCAGAUCCGAUACUGAGAGCAAAAUCAUGGUCCUGAAGAAGGACGUCAGCGACGCGUAUCAGGCUAAACUACACUUGGACAAGAAAGCGCAGUCCCUCGUAGAUGAAAUCCACUUCCUGAAGAACAACCAUGAGGCCCAGGUGGCAGAGAUAUUGGACCAAAUCCAGGGAGCGCAAGUAACUGUGAAAGACCACGAAUUUGGACACCCUGGCGUCACUGCGGCACUCCGAGACAUCAGGGCACAGCUGGAAGGUCACAACGCGUCCGACAUCCAGCAGAUAGGAGAAACUUUCCGAUCUCAGAUUGCAAGAUUAACGGAGGCAGUUGACACCAAGAGAAAGGCUUUAAAAGCGAGCCAGCAAGAGAUUCAGCAGUACAGGAAGAGCUUGCAGGCCAGAAACAUCGAGUUGGAUUGCGCUAAAGGUACCAGAGAAGCGUUGGAGAAGCAACUUCAUGACGUCGAGGAUCGCCACAAGGAGGAAAUUAUUCACUAUCAGAACACAAUCAAAGAACUUGAAAAUGAGCUCAUUAGUUGCAAAUUCGACAUGUCUGGUUAUCUGCGGGAGUAUCAGGAUCUGUUGAAUGUGAAGAUGGCUUUGGAUGUGGAGAUACUGUCUUACAGGAAACUUCUCUGUGGCGAGGAGGCUCGGCUGUCCACAGAGUCAGACACACACAUCUCUUUGCCCUAUAUCUACCAUCAGUCCCCUAUUUACACGCUCCCUUGCCAUAACCGACCGGGAGGCCCACGCAGGCGAGUAGAGCCCCACUACAAGUUUGUAGAGGAAAUCAUAACAGAGACCACCAGGGAAAUUGAGAUGUCAGAAUUUGAGGAUACAGGCUCAGAAGAGGGAAAUAAUGAGCAGGGAUGUUCCAAAAGUGAGAGAGGGAGUGGCAAGAAAGAGAAUGAUAGUAAAGAUACUCGAGAGAGAGAAGGUGACCAGAUAUCUGACAGUCAGCAGAAUCAAGUAUCAGUGGUAAAUGAAGAGAAUGGAAGUGAUGGUGGGGGUAAAGAAGGGUCAGAGGAGACUGAAGUGGCUGAGAAUGAAGAAGAGAACAGCAUAGAUAAAGUUGCACAAAGGGAAGAUUUAUUGGGUGAAAGCUUUGUUGUUGAAGAGCUUGAGCAUCAAGAAAAAGCUGAAAGCACAGAAAAGGGGGAGAUGACAACAAUUACAGUGGAAAAGGCUCAGACAGAGCUUUCUGUUAAACUGUAUGAUAAACUCCAAGUUAAUACUGAGAACAAAUCUCAGGCAUGUGAUCAAGGACAUGGUGAGGAAAUAAGUUUGACCUCAGCUCUUGCAUAUAAGUCUGUUGGCGAAAUCUCUGUUCAUGAGUCUGAACAAUCAGAAAAAACUCAAGAGUUAGGCAACGCUAUUCAGGAUAAGGUUAAUCUUAAUUCUGAAACAGAUGAGAAGGCCACAGGUUUGACUGCUCAAUCAAAUUCACAUACAGCACUUGUGAAUGAGAGAAAGGAACAUGCUGAUACAGAGCCAAAGGAAAGCAGCAAAUCUGAUGCUGCAGCUGAGCACAAAGUAGCAAAAAGCAUUCAAGAUACAAGUAAUGAUAGCAAUAAAGACCAAGAGAAAGAAUCAUCUCUUACAUCUAAUGUAAAAAGUCUUCCUAAAGUGGAAAGUCUACACGCAAAUGCUGGGGAUAGAAUUCAAACAGUUCAAUCUGCAGUGCCGAAGGAAAAAACAACCUUAACUGCAGAAAUCAAUGAGUUUCAUCAGGGGGCAGCAGACAGAAACCAAGCACAGCAACCAAAGGGGUCUGAUGACUCCGAUCGUAAAUGAUCCUUAAGGUAAUACUUGGAAGGUGGACAGUGUAAAGUCAGAGAAACACAAGGGCAAUAAAACCAAAACAGGGUUAUGGAAGAUGUGAAGAAUGCUUCAAUUUAAUGAGACAGCAGUUUAAACAGGCAAAUAUCAGGCAAACAAAAAGAGAAUGGCUUAUCUAAUGCAAGCAUGAAGCAGAGUCAAGCAAAGAGAACAAAUCUCAAGGCUGCAACUUCUUUUCCAACACAGAGAACACAAUUUCUCUAACGUUUGCUGGAGUCUUGCCUCUGAACCUUAAAUCAGCUUGUGAUGUAUCAAAAAAUCCCUUUGAAUCACAACAAAACAUGUAUGAAUGUAAAAUGAAAGCUGCCUUUAAAUUUUUUGUUGUCCAUCAUUAUCUGCUUUGGUAUGUGCUGACAAAUAAAUGUGAGAUUAAAAGAUCCUCUGAUUCUUACUGUGAAUGGAGCUGUUAUAUUUAUGAAACAGCUAGCUCGUAACAUACAUACUGUUUACACUGAUUGCUACUGUUAUGCUCUAAACAUAUUAAACGCUUCUAAUAAAGCUACUGCACUUACUUUGAUUUUGAAUGCAUAAAUGUGACAUUCCUUUUAAGCCUAUACCUAAAGAAUUAAACCUGCUAGUACAAUUAGGAGACAUAUCACAUGAAAUUAGCUGUAUUUUCAUUUUAAAACCUAUUUUAUUAAAUUAUUAAAAAUAAGUUAUAUUUAUUUUUUGCAUUUUACACAAAAUCCCAACGUUUUUGGAAAGGAAAGGAGUUGUAGGCUUCCAUGAGGAUUGAUUCUCUCAUGCCGUGCUGUUGCUUGUUCGUUAAUUUAUUGCUUAGUGUGGCUUUUAGGUUCAACGGUGUCUUACCGCUCUGUGUUCAACAUCUGUUUUUGAUAUUUUAUAUCAUAUCAUUCUCUACUGGACUUGAUAUUUCCAGAGCUUUCCCCCCGUUUCCAUCUACUAAAUAUAUCAGAUGAAUGUGGGUUUGACAGUAAAAUCAUCUAUCAUCCUUCCCAAAAUAUCACUUAAAAGACCCUGAAUAACUAAGCAACACACAUACACACACACACAAAAAAAACCUCAAGUGGCAUGCUAGCUCCAACUUCAAUCACCUUCGCAAGACUUGAAGCAGUUGAUGGUCCUCAUUAAAUCUGACAACCUUAGAUGGCUGAAGGGUGAAUGGCAUAAAGUGCUUUAAUUUUGGUGUUCAAAGCACACAGAAGACUCAAGGAAGUUGAGACUGCUGUCUGUGCUGCAAAAACACUGACAGUCUGAUUACAGAAUUACUAAAUUACCUUUCUUGCAAUAUAUUUGAACUAUUUUUUCCUGCUCUGUCAGAACAACUUUAAUUCGACAGAGGCUUAACAGUUUAAGUUUCUUAAAAUAUUUUGCCUCAUUUAAGAGGUAUUCACACAUCAGAUAAGCAAGCAAAUUUAACUGAGUUAAGAGACCCUGAUCCUCUUUCAAAGUUUAAUAUUAACCAGUUAAUAAAUAUGGUAUGGUUAGUGGUAAUCUACUAUCGAAUACUAGAGUACAUUUGUGGAGUUCAAAGACUUUAUUGAAAAUUAAUACAUACACAGAAGGACCUUCCAGUGGGCUCUUUGCUCUGAGUAGGGAAGCACUUUUGAGGGUGUACACGUGCAACUUCAAGUGAGAACUUUUGUUCUAGAGAUCGACAGUUUGGCAUUACUGAGAACAUCAAUGAUGCGUCUCCCAGAUUUGUUAGUACAGAAACAAAAGCUUGUUCCCGUUUGGUUGGCCUUGUACACAGGUGUCUUU